GGAAACUGAGGCCCAGGGAGAAGGGUCUUUCCAGAGGUCACAGAGCACCUUGGAGGCCCAGCAAGGACCAGCAACAAGGGAAAUGACCCCCUUCUAGAUCUCCAUGGGGAAUUAAAGUCAGAAGGGAUCAAGGAAGGGUAAGGAGUGGGCCCUUUAAAUGCUAAGCUCCACCUUUGCUUAGAAGGGUCUUUGGGGAGUAUAAAAGGGGGUGUAGUUCCUCUCUGCUCCAGAAAAACACCUGCUACUCCUGUCCCCGGGCCCCCAGCCCACCUCUCUCCAGCUGCCCACCACCUCCACCUCCACCUGGAUGCCAUGCAGCUGCCACCCUUCGACAUGUGGAAGGACUACUUCAACCUGAGCCAGGUGGUGUUGGCACUGAUCCAGAGUCGGGGGCAAGGGCCGGAGGCCCAAGGGACCGGGGAGCCGAGACCUGGGCCCCAGCUGGAGCAGGAUCAGGGGCAGGGAGGGCAGGGGGCCAGCGGGGAGCUGGUCACCCUGUGUAACUUUUGCAAACACAACGGGGAGUCUCGCCACGUGUACUCCUCGCACCAGCUGAAGACACCAGAGGGCGUGGUGGUGUGUCCCAUCCUGCGGCACUACGUGUGUCCCCUGUGCGGGGCCACGGGGGACCAGGCCCACACACUCAAGUACUGCCCCCUAAACGGAGGCCAGCAGUCUCUCUACCGCCGCAGUGGGCGCAAUUCGGCCGGCCGCAAGGUCAAGCGCUGAGGACCAUCAGGUGCCCACCCCCUGCACCCCCCAGCCCUCCUGGUUCAAUCCUCC